AUGGCUAUGCAGGCCUUGUUUGAACCUGCUCGCCUUCUGAAGCGCGAUGAGGAGGAGCAGGGCAUCCACAAGAUGGCAGCUGAGAGUAUUUUGGAAAGCGGUCGAGAUACGCAAAAAGCGCUCGCGGGCAACAUUGUGCUCUCCGGCGGGUCCAUGUCAUUUCCUGGCAUGUGUCAUCGUGUCGAGGAGGAGCUGCAGAAGCUUCUCCCCACAACGGUCAAGGCAGCAGUCAAGUUGGUGAAAAGCCCUACGUACGCUGCCUUCACUGGCGGAUCAAUCGUGGCUUCCAUGCCAGACCUGCUGGAUACCUUCAUGACCAGAAGCGAGUAUGAGGAGCAUGGUGCUGCCUUCAUCCACAAGAAAAGCGUACGGCUGACGCAGCCGCCAACCAUGUCCUGA